AUGUCCCAAAAAGACGAACAAGCUACGAAACAGGUUGCCCGAAUAUGCCUUUUCCGGUGGCUCCAGGCUCUUCGUUUCGAAAGACGUUCAUCCUCUGAGAAACGGGAACAUCAUCCUGCUCCCAAAACUACGCCAACACGUCUUGACGAAUCCCUCCAAGACGCGCCGCUUGAUUCAUUUUAUCUUAUCCAGAACGUUGCACAAAGUACGGUCUAUUCAGAAGAGACAAUACUAUAUCUAGCCUACGGGUCUAACCUAUGUCGCGAAACAUUCCGGGAGAAGAGAGGUAUUAGACCCGUGUCUCAAAUUAACGUGGUGGUUCCAGAGCUGGUUAUGACAUUUGAUCUUCCGGGACUGCCCUACACGGAACCUUGCUUCGGUAACACAAGAUAUAGACAAGCGCCAGCCCCAGGAGACAGUGUUGGAAACACUGAAAAAGACAGAUACCACAAGCAAAUGUGGCACAAGGGUCUUGUUGGGGUCGUUUACGAAGUCACCCUGGCAGACUACGCCCAUAUAAUUGCAACAGAAGGAGGCGGUGCUGCAUACAAGGACGUACUGGUCGAUUGCUACGCCCUACCAGAUGAUCCGAGUCUUCCUGUCCCAGCUAUACCAUCCGGAACAGCCUUCAAAGCGCACACCCUUUUUGCACCUCCUCCGGCGUCAGGAGGUGGCCGAUUAGCUCGACCAGAUCCUAAUUACGCUCAACCCAGUCCUCGCUAUAUGAAGCUCAUCACUGAUGGCGCUACGGAACUCGUUCUGCCGUAUGAAUAUCAAGAGCACCUGCACUCAAUUCGUGGCUAUCAGAUGACUAGUACGAAACAGCGAUUGGGCCAGUUCAUAUUUUUGUCAAUCUGGGCGCCUCUUCUUGCUUUUAUCUUUGGGGCAGGACGGACGUUUGCAGACAAGAAAGGAAGAUACCCUCCAUGGUUGACAACACUUGCUGCGAGCAUAUUCAUUGGUGCAUGGGCAAGCUAUGAUAGCUUUUUCAAGGAUUUAUUUGGAGACGGCGAGCGUACGAUAGGGCUCGUAUCGAGCCUGAACAGCCUGGAUGAGAAACGGCCUUUACUGUUCAAUUUGGCAGAGAGACAGCACGAGAUCGUACCAGAGAAAAGACUAGAAUCUACCGAUACCAUGGUGUAG